AUGACGGCAAAGUUCGGCUAUGUUACCACAGCUUGCCGUCUCUGCGAAGAUAUUGUGCCUCCUGAUGGUGGUGAUCUGCGGCGCGGUUCCAUCGAUGGUUCGGUCGGUUCGCCUUUACAGCCAAUGCUCGCACAUGUUCGUCAACGUGUUCCCCAACGGCACUGUUAUGGCUCGCUCCGAUGGAAACGACCAACCGAAUCUCACCAUCAGCACACGCGGUUUAAGCUUAGACCUGCUCAUCCAUUCGCCUGUGCAGGACAUGUACCUGUGCUUCAAUCGUUCACGACUUGUCGGCAGACGACUGACGCGGUUUCAAGCCGAGAGACAACCGAACUGUCUAUUCACAGAGGAAUUUGUGGACGGCUACAACAGAUACCAUUUGGUGAAGAACGAAGACCGAUAUAUAGGUUUCAACAGAAGAGGCGCGCAAGUGAGACGCGGGAAGAGCCACCUUCCCGAGCGGCAGCACAAGUGCUUCUCCUUCAUGAUAAGAGCCCACGAUUUCGAUAUCAACAAGCACAACGCUUUGAUAUCCGGAGAUCUAAACAAAUAUCGUACGCAGCG